AUGCUAGCCAGACACCUCCUUUCAAGCUCACUUAGCAAUACAGCCCUAGCACGGCGCUCGAUAAUACGGACACCACAUGCAUCACCCUCCAUAUCCAAAUCCUAUGCCUCACCAUCCUCACCAUCACAAAGCAACGAAACGUCAAACAGCAAGGAUACCAAAGACAAGAUCGAAAUAACAGAGAAACGAGUCCUCCACAUCCGUCGCAUAGCACGUACAACAUCCGGCGGCAAAGCACGUCAAAUAUGGGCCAUGGUGGUGGUAGGAAACAAUAAUGGAUUUGCUGGAAUGGGUGCUGGUAGAGCUGUCGAUGCAGGUGCUGCUGUACAAAAGGCUACGAGGAAUGCGAAUAAGAAUAUGCAGUUCUUUCCUAGAUAUGAUGGCAGGACGGUAUUUUCAAACUCGGAAUACAAGUAUAAGGCUACGAAUUUGACUAUAUGGCCUUUGCCACCUGGUUCUGGUGUGAUCUCAUCACCCCACAUCCACGAAAUAUGUCGAUGCGUUGGCAUCCACGAUAUAGCAGUCAAAACCAGAGGAUCUAGAAACCCUAUGAAUGUGUGUAAAGCAAUGUUUGAGGCUCUAGCACAUCAAAAGACGCCCGAACAUAUUGCUAGAAUGAGGGGGAAGAAGGUCGAGGAUGUUGCUCUCUCGUAUUUCGGAGAAGCCAACUAG